CCCCACCCUAUUAUAUCAAUGUAAGGCAUGUUAUUUGACACGUAUAGCAAGCAAAGCAGCUCAAUACGUUAAUAUGGCUUGUUUGUAAAGGGAGUGAACACACAGCGGUUGUACAGACAUUGCGUAGCUCAAUCUUCUAUACAGUUGAUAACAUUUAAACAAAAAGUGUUUAAAAAAGUUAUAUCAAAGUUAUAAUCAUUCUAUUUAAAAUCUAACAAGCGAUAUGCUUCUGCUCAUUUUCGGAGAAACAUAGAGGUUUUGAUAUCACCAGUAUAGCUAUACUACCUGAGCAUUAGUUACUAUAUGCUAGUGGUUUGAAGUGUGUGUAUUUCAGACUAUGUGAAAGCAAAGAUAGUUCGGUUUUGACUACGUAAAAAGUUGACGGUGAUGAUUUGUCGGAUGAUUCUCGGUUUUGACGCGAUUUGUUUUUGUUUUUGUUUAUAGAUUUGUGUCGUCUUUUGUUCGUUUUUAAACAUUUAAUAUUACAGCAUCUGUGCUCGGGAGCAAAUUCUCGGUUUUGACGCGAUUUGUUUUUGUUUAUAGAUUUGUGUCGUCUUUUGUACGUUUUUAAACAUUUAAUAUUACAGCAUCUGUGCUCGGGCGCAAAGUCUUAACUGCUCAACAUAUGGAUUUGCUGCAGCUUGAAAACUGGGAGAGAGAAGCCAUACUUGAGGUUUUAAAACGACAGAAUGCUCUCCAAGAACGAGAAGAAAGACGGAUCAAUCAGCUUGCUGUGCGUGUUCAGCUUCAGAGAGUAAACGACUCACGCAGCGCAAGAUUAGAAAGUGAAAUCAAGACAAAAACUGGUCAGUGGCAUCGCGAGAUAUUGCGACGGAGGUACCCAGGCGCAGUAGACGAACCUCCGGUGGCGCUACUGAAACGAAUCUCGAGCGAAAUACAAAGUUUAGACAGCAGCACCUCGUGGUCAAGCACCACGUCAACUUCUCAACGCACGGCGGCGCUACCAAGCCGAUGCCGGAGUCGCAACGGUACCGACCUUGCAGGGGUUCGGGAAUGGGUAGAAAAGAUUACGCAUUGCAACGACGAUGGCAAGUUUUCGGGUUCGUUAUCUGACAAUGACAAUUUAACACCUGAUGAACAGCCGAUUGAUAAUAUUCAAAGUUUUCAUUCGGAAUCAAUCGACGAUAACGGGAACACAGAGUUAAAAUAACACGCAAACACGUUGUUUUCCACCUAAGAACGUUGUCACUUGUUUUCAGUCUCUAGUUAAUUCAUAUGUUGCAAAUAUUUUUACUUAUUUCUAAUUUUUGUUCAUUUUGUUUUCAUUUCCUAAGAUGAAAAUAUAACACUAACGCCAACGUUA